AACAAGAAACAUCAUGAAUUUUAAGCAUUGGAACAGACUCUGUUAUAAUAUUUUAAAACAGAAACAAUAUUAUAGUACAAAACCAAAAGGGAAAUUAAUAAUAAGUUGUAAACGUUCAAAGUUUGAUUUCUACAGUAACCAACAAUAUGAUAAAUUUGAAGAAAUACAACUGGCUUCGAAAGGUUGGUUCAACAAUGCAGCAAAGGGUGACUAUUUUGUUGUCCAUGGUAAUAAAGAAGAAUAUGAAGAACCUACAGUACCUUUUAGUCAUCUAGGCGUAAAUUCACAAUUAGCAGAGGUGCUUCACAAUGAAGGAAUCUACAAAUUAACAGAAUUUCAAAGUGAUGUUAUACCUGUUGUUGCUGAGGGUAAGCACACUUUAUUAGCAGCAGAAACAGGCUGUGGAAAAACUCUUAGUUAUUUACUACCCCUGGUUCAGAAUCUUAUUGGUUAUCAGUGUACAGAAAUGAAUACACCAAGAGUUUUAAUAUUGGUGCCAAACAGGGAAUUAGCUCAUCAGAUUGGAAACGUGGCAACAACAUUAUGUGAACCAUUUGAUUUAAAAACAAAAGUUGUGGUGGGAGGCAGCACCAAAAGAUUAAUGUUGGACCCUGAAUUUGGAUCCAUAGAUAUUCUUGUGGCAACUCCAGGAGCCAUCAGCAAACUAUCAACAGUUGGAAUUUACAAGUUGAAUCAAGUGAAAACAUUGGUACUGGAUGAAGCUGAUACUCUUAUAGAUGAUAGUUUUCUGGACAGAAUUGAAAUUUUAAUACGAAGGGUAUCACAAGCCCAAGUUCUUCUUGUCUCUGCAACUUACCCCAAGCAUCUGCCAGAGGUGAUGGAACCCAUAAUGGAUUCUCUUGUGCAAAUCAAAUCACGUCGACUGCACAAACCACUGCUGAAUGUUACGCAACGAUUUCUUAAAUUGCUGAAAUCGGAGAGACCGUCGCAACUGUUGCAGAUUGCUAAUAAAACCAAGGAACCUUUUAUAGUGUUUACCAAUCGCAAUGAGACGUGCAAUUGGCUAGCGAUGUUCCUGAGGGAGAACGGUUUGAAAUGUGCCAAUAUCAAUGGAGACAUGAAUUACAAUAUUAGAAUUAACCAAUGGAAUGAUUUUGUUAGUGGAAAGGCCAAUAUAUUAUCUGCUACAGAUGUUGGUUCUAGGGGAUUGGAUACAACGAAAGUCAAGCACGUUUUAAAUUACGAUUUUCCUUUGUAUCCAGCCGAUUAUAUUCAUAGAGUAGGAAGGACUGGACGUUUGGGAAGCCCGGAAUUGAGCAAAGUCACCAACUUUAUUUCGAGCGGAAUUGAUGUGAAAUUGGUACAAAACAUAGAGAUGGCAAUACGGACCAAUAGCGAGUUGCAGAAUGUUGAUGGAAACAUAACGAGUAUAGUGAAAAACAAGAUAGCAAAACAAAUGAAGGGUAGGAAUAUAUAAGUUAUGUAUAUAAUAAUGAAUAUAUAUUAAAAAAUAAGAAACAAUAAAAUAU